UGCAACGGUUGUUACCGGCGGAGCUCAGGCUGUAGCAGCUCAAAGUUUACUCGCAUCAAGACGGAGCUGAGAGUCUGUUUCUUUCUGACCUUUAUAUGUAAUGGCGCAAAACCUGAAAGACAAAGAAGCUUAUCAACGACUGAACUAUUUAUACCAGGCUGCACAUCAUGUUUUAUCUGAAAACCCAGAAAACGUCGAGCUGGCUCGUUUCUACUGCUUCACACAGAAGACCAUUGCAAGACGAUUAGUUCUCAGACAAGACCCAUCAGUGAAGAGAACAUUAUGCAAGAAGUGCUGCUCAUUGCUCAUCCCUGGUGUAACUGCUACAACAAGACAACGAAGAAAAAAGAGAAAGACUCGCUUCACUGUGGUGAGGUGUCUCAGCUGUGGGCAGAGCAAGGCGCUUCUGAAUAAUCCAGAUUAUUGUUUAUGGGCCGAUCGUCCCGAGGCACAGCUGGAGCAGCAGAAGCAACCAGAUCCAGGCCGCUCUGCUAAAAACCAGCCAAAACAGACCAAGGAAAAAGUUCCAGAACCUUGUGGGUCACGAUCCUGUAAACCCGGCGCCACACAGAGCACUGCCAGCACGUAGCAGCAGUCCCUGUCUUCUGACUGUGGAAGAUCUUUGACUUAUGUUUCUCUUUAGUUUAUUUUAUUUUUUGUAUGUAAUAUGUGCUGCUGUGUUGUGUCACAUAUAUGCAGAAUCAGAGGAAGUAGUAUGAUAUUAACUAAAUGCCAUUUCUUCACAUCUGUAUUUAAUUCUUUUCAUUUGGUUCAUUUAGUACAUUCUUGGCCUCUGAACAUUUUCAAUAAUCGUGUGU